AUGGUGAGGCGGAGGGCGGGGCCUGAGAGGGGCGGGGCCCGGCGAGGGAGCGCUCAUUGGCUGGGAGGCAGACGCGUGAACGUCACAAGCCGCCGCCAUGGUGAGGCGGAGGGCGGGGCCUGCGAGGGGCGGGCCCCGGUGAGGGAGCGCUCAUUGGCUGGGAGGCAGACGCGUGAACGUCACAAGCCGCCGCCAUGGCGCGAGGGGCGGAGCUGCGGGGCUGCGCGGCGGUUCCCGCGGCACCGGCAAACGCGAAGAACCGAGCGGCCGGCGCGGCGGAGGUGGAGGCGGGCGCGGGCCCCUGCAGCCAUGCAGGCGGAGGACGCGGACCCAGACCUGGGCGCUGCCGCUGACGGGCAGGAGGGCCGGGCUGACCAGGAGCCCCCAGGCCAGAGGGGAGGUGCGGGUGCGGCGAUGGCGUUCGCCCACAUAGCCCCACCUGCCCCGGCAGCGCACUCCCCGGGGCCGGGCGGAGACGCAACCUCUUCCACCGGAGAGCGCGAAAAUCAACUACAUAUUUUUGCUCUCAGCGUGCCCUUCCCGACCGCCCUGGAGGCGGAGAUUGCACUUGGGUCUCUGGCUCCGGACCCAGAGCCUCACAGAGUGGCAGUGCAAAAGGAGCUUGUGGUGAUUGGCAGCGUGCUGGCAGUUCGCUGGAGAGCUGAAGACACUCGCCUCCUCAGGAUUGCCGUGAUCAACUUUCUGAACCAGCUCUCUCUGGUUGUGCGGACCAUGCAGCGCUUUGGGCCCCCUGUGGCCCGCUAGCCCUGAACCGGCAAGGGACUAAGCCCCACAUUGGGUCCCACCGCAGCAAUGCUGCCUGUAUAUCUGGGCCUGAUGUGUCGCACUGGAUCAUAACAAGUUGGGUUUAUAUUUCGCUUCGUGCUUAAAUGUUACUUAGUCAAAGCACAACUUAA